AGAGAGAGAGAGAGAGAGAGGCCUUGGUGCAUGAAGGUGAUAGAAGUAGGCUUGUUUUUCUUUCGCCUAUAUAAAUCGGUCACCCCACAGCAUAUCAGUGUGGAAAUUGUAAGUUAAUUAAGAGAAGUGCCUAGUGAAGUGUUCCAGAGAGGGAAGAGUUUUAGGAAAGCAAUGGGUUUGGCAGAUAACAGAUGGUCACUUAAGGGAAUGAGCGCUCUUGUAACUGGUGGAACCAAAGGAAUCGGGUAUGCUAUUGUGGAGGAGCUGACCAAACUAGGCGCAAGAGUACACACUUGUUCUCGAAAUGAAGCUGAGCUAAAUGGAUGCUUAAAGGCUUGGGAAGAUAAAGGGUUUCUGGUUUCUGGUUCAGUCUGUGAUGCAUCGUCUAAAGCCCAAAGAGAGAAGCUAAUGGAGUCUGUCUCCUCUGUAUUUAAUGGAAUGCUUAACAUCCUAGUGAAUAAUGUUGGGACCGCUAUAUGGAAACCAGCAAUUGAGUACACAGCUGAAGAUUUCUCUACCAUUUUCGGAACGAACUUUGAAUCUGCUUACCACCUUUCCCAACUUGCACACCCCCUUUUGAAGGCGUCUGGAGCAGGAAGCAUUGUGUUUAUCUCCUCUGUUGCUGGGGUGGUUUCGUUAAAAAAUUUGUCUGUUUAUUCAGCAACUAAAGGAGCAAUGAAUCAGCUCACAAAGAAUUUGGCAUGUGAAUGGGCAAAAGACAAUAUCAGGACCAAUUCUGUGGCGCCAUGGUACAUCAAAACACCUCUAGUGGACAAUGUGCUCGAGGAUACAGAAUAUAAGGAAGAGGUCAUUUCUCGCACUCCAUUGAAGCGCAUAGGAGAAGUAGAGGAGGUCUCAUCUUUGGUAGCAUUCCUAUGCAUGCCAGCAUCAUCUUAUACCACUGGCCAGAUUAUUUGCGUUGAUGGUGGAAUGACUGUCAACGGCUUUAACCCAAGUCGUGACUGAAGGGCAACAAUUUUAUGCCACAUAUAUAUAUAUAUAUAUAUAUAUAUAUAUUCUGCAAAUGUGUUUUGUUUAGCACAAAUGGGGGAAUGUAUUGGACAGCGUAUAUGAGCUCAUACUUGAUGUUGAGUGCAAUAAUUGACGUUGAAAACACCAUGAAGUUGUUGGAUAUACAUAUGUAAGUGAAAUUUUACAUUAAUCAAUAAUGAUGAGAGGAAUGAGUAGUUAAUAUAACAUAGUCGAACUCAUACCAAUUGAGCGAGUUUCUCAAAGUUCAUGUUAGGUGUCACAUUGAAAUUUGUAAGGAUUAUAUUUUUAUGUAUUAAAAUAUUUGAGUUCAAAACACAUUUGACAUGUAUUU